UCAUAUGAUAUUUCUCUUUCUCUGUCUGACUUACUUCACUCAGUAUGACAAUCUCUAGGUCCAUCCAUGUUGCUGCAAAUGGCAUUAUUUCUAUGUAGGUGAUCAUAUCACCUGUGAAUAAUGACGGUGUUGUUUUUGUCUGUCCAGUCUUGUGUCUUUCAUCUCUUUCUUGUAAAAUCUGACUAGACUUCCAUCAUCUGUUGAAAAGAAGCCAUAACUGUGGGUAUUACUAUCUUGUUUUGAUUUUAAAAGGUCUCUUAUGUUUUACCAUUAUUUACUGUUAUUAAGAAUGAACUUUGCUGUAGAGUUUUCCAGAUGUCCUUAAUCAAGGGAGUUUACAUUUAUUCCUAGGUUCAUUUGCUUUUGUUUUAUCAUAAAUAGAUCUUGAUUUUUUUUCAAAUGCUUUUUCUUCAUCUAUUAAUGGGAUCUUAGGUUUUUGAUAUAACAUCAUAACAUUUUUCUAAUGUUAGAAUGAUAUUCAGUCCCAAUUUGGUCAUACUGUAUAGUAUUUCAUAAACGUUGUUGGAUUUAUUUGUUAAUAUUUUGAUUGAUCCUGGUGCAUCUGAAUUUAUAAAAUUUAUAAAUUUUUCUUCUCCAUGUCAUCUUUGUCUGCUUUUGUAUCAGAGAUUGGGUAAAGUAUAUGCAUUCCCAGGCUUUCUCUGUUACAAAAGUGGUGGAAUGUUGGGAUUAGGAGACAAUUGUGUUCACAUCAGAGGACCACGGUUCAUAUCACAGUAUGCUAGUUAACUGUGUGGGCUUGUAGCAAAUUGUUUAACACAUGCAGCUGUAAUUCAGAGUAAAAACUGUAAGUACUUCAGUAGGUUGUAAAUGCAUGCAGUGGCUAAGUGCUCAAUAAAUGUUGACUAUUUUUUUAUGAUUUAUCAUAUUCUAAUUGGUGCUCCCUCUUUACUUAACUGUAAGAUAAGUACAGUACAUUAUUAUCAUUAAGAAGAAUGACAUUAUAAUUUAUCACUUCUCAGUCUCUACAAUAUACUUCCAAUAACUUCGAGGCAGAAAAUACCUUACUCUUCUUUGCUUACCUAGAGGCUUGCAUAUGAUUUGGUACUCUGUUAAUGUAGGAACUGAACCACAAGCGGAAUCAAGAAGCGGGUUGUCGUUCCUGCCCUCCUCUGAAGUGAAUUACGUUAGUGGCACUGUUCAUUGCAGUCAUGAACUUGCACUCAUUCUCGGACAAGGUGGCAUAACUUUGGCUUUUUUGACCAUUAUAUUACUGACUCUGAUUCUAUCCUUUUCUACUCAUCCCCAAAUAAAUGGUGUCUAGCAGAAGAAAAAGAGAUAAUACUCUACACACACACACACACACACGAAGAACGAGAGGCUCAUGGGUAUCAUCAAUGCACCAGGGACACAUUUCAAGGGACAGGCUGCAGAGAAGGCAAACCCGACCAGAGAGAAGGUGGUCGGUGCAUUGCAGGGACCUUUCCUACAUCUUCAGCUCUGAGAGUCUCCAGUUCUGGGUACGGCAGGAUCCCCGAGAAAACAGAGAUAAACACAGAUGCUUGCACAAGCCUGCGAGACAACUGGAGAUCCGACUAGAGUUGAAAGGUAGGCUUUCGGCAAUCUGCGCGUUUUGCUGUGUUCAGGGCGCAAGUCUUCCAGGGACACAUUUCCUUCCACGCUCCAGGGAACCUCCCCGGCCACCAUCCCUCCUGCCGGACAGCUUCCCAUUUGCCGGAAUUUUAUGGGCGCCGCCUCUUUAAGCGCCGCGCGGCGCGCAUGCGCCCUGGCUGUGGGCCUGGCAAACCCGGCUUCUGCACGCAGAGCGGCUUGGUUUGGGUGGGGCGUUCCCGGAGCCGGCGCGUCCUCCGCCUUUACGCGGAGCUCAGCGACCCCGAGCGAGGACAGCGCCUCCGGAGCUGCGAGGCAGGACCCUGCGUCUCCUCUUCCUCCCGCUCGGGCCGAGGCUGAGUCGCGGUUGGCCAGGCCCCAGGACGACCCCCAUGGCGGGCCCGCGGGUCGAGGUGGACGGCAGCAUCAUGGAAGGGGGCGGGCAGAUCUUGAGGGUGUCUACGGCUCUGAGCUGUCUCCUGGGCCUCCCCUUGCGGGUGCAGAAGAUCCGAGCAGGCCGCAGCACGCCGGGCCUCAGGCCUCAGCAUUUAUCUGGACUGGAAAUGAUUCGAGAUUUCUGUGAUGGGCAACUGGAGGGGGCAGAAAUCGGCUCAACAGAAAUAAUGUUUACGCCAGAGAAGAUCAAAGGUGGAGUCCACACAGCAGAUACCAAGACAGCAGGGAGUGUAUGCCUCUUGAUGCAGGUCUCAAUGCCCUGUGCUCUCUUUGCUGCUUGUCCAUCAGAACUUCGUUUGAAAGGUGGAACUAAUGCUGAAAUGGCACCACAGAUUGAUUACACAGCCAUGGUUUUCAAGCCAAUUGUUGAAAAAUUUGGUUUCACAUUUCAUUGUGACAUUAAAAUGAGGGGCUACUACCCAAAAGGAGGUGGUGAAGUGAUUAUCCGAAUGUCGCCAGUUAAACAGUUGAACCCAAUAAAUUUAACCGACCGUGGCUCUGUGACUAAGAUAUAUGGAAGAGCUUUUGUUGCUGGUGUUUUGCCAUUUAAAGUAGCAAAAGAUAUGGCAGCGGCAGCCGUAAGAUGCAUCAGAAAGGAGAUUAGGGAUCUGUAUGUUAACAUCCAGCCUGUUCAGGAAACUAAAGACCAAGCUUUUGGCAAUGGAAAUGGAAUAAUCAUUAUUGCUGAGACAUCCACUGGCUGUUUGUUCGCUGGAUCGUCGCUUGGUAAACGAGGUGUUAAUGCAGACAAGGUUGGAAUUGAAGCUGCUGAAAUGCUGUUAGCAAAUCUUAGACAUGGCGGUGCUGUGGAUGAGUAUCUGCAAGACCAGCUGAUCAUUUUCAUGGCAUUAGCCAGUGGAAUUUCCAGAAUAAAAACAGGACCAGUUACACUCCAUACCCAAACGGCUAUACAUUUUGCUGAACAACUAGCAAAGGCUAAAUUUACUGUGAAGAAAUCAGAAGAUGAAGAAGAUGCUUCUAAAGAUACUUACAUUAUUGAGUGCCAAGGAAUCGGGAUGACAAAUCCAAAUCUAUAGGGUAUUUGCCUCUUAAAUGAUACCUCAGUGAUAUAUUGCACUAAUGAUUUCAUAAAUAUUAUAUAGAACAAUGAAUAAGCAGUAACUUCUUAUAGGACCUGACUUAAAUUUGGAGAUGAAACACAGAAAGUUCUAGAUUUGCUGAGACUGCUUUGUCCUAUUAAUCUCACUUUGACUGUCUUCCGAGAUAGAUAGGGACAGCGAAAUUUAAGAGUUGGUGAAUAUGUAUGAUAGCUGAUUUCAGUAUUAAAGUAUUGAAAUAAAAUAUUCUUUUCACCUGAA